GACUGGUCAAAGAUUUAAUAAAAUGAUAAGAUAGUAGCCAACCCUCUUUGCUUUUUCCGCAUACAGCGUGAGUUGUUAAGUUAUCCUGUAAGAGAGAUUUGAGUUCGACUCGCGUUUAUUCAACCGUUCAGAGAGCUCACCUCUGCUGAGACAUGUCCACACUGCGCAUGCUCGAUUUAGGUAAACUCCUCAUUCACUUUGGACCUGUCUGUGUGCAAGCUUCCUCGUUUGUCGUCUCAGUUUAACAAAAUGAAAGAAGUUGGAUGAAAAUUGACCUUCUAAAUCGUGGGUGAAGCCGGGAGUUUGGCACAGAACUGUCAAAUGAAACUGCGUCUAUGCAAACCCGGAAAUAAGUCUGACGAGCAGCUCUUGCUUCAGUUCUAUCGUCUUUCCAUAUGAACCCACAGCAUCAGUGUCGUGAAUAUCAGAGGUUUCCUGUUGUGGCGUGGAAUUAGACGAUAUAAUGCUGUUCACGCGAACAUCAGGCGCUGCAAAUGUGAAGAUCGACAAGUAAAGGUAUGUGUUUUUUUUUCUAGGGAUCUGCAGAACGAGUCUGAUUCUCUGCUACCAUGCGAUUAUAUGUGUGUCUAUGUGGAGCUGCUGGAGUGUGAACUCCUCCAGUGACUCUAUGAUUUAAAGAUUAUUUGACGACUUAUAGCGAAGCAAAGACCUGUGGUGCAUUUAGGGUUUUGUCUGUCCACAGGACCUGUGAUCCAUUAUGGGGAACACACCAUCCAAGAGUGGCAGCGGAGAGGAGCCGGUCAAAACAACUUUGUUUGAAAAGGAGCCAAAUGGGAUCACAUACAGGAUCCCUGCCCUCAUCUACCUGAGGCACUGUCACACCUUCCUCGCCUUUGCAGAGAAAAGAUCUUCACCUUGUGACCAUGACGCCAAAAUUCUUGUGAUGAGAAGAGGGACACUGAAAGAUGACGGAUCUGUUCAGGUAAUUAUUCACAGAUUUUAAUCAGCAGGUCAUAACUUACAACAGUAUGUCUGCCUAUAUUUUUAAUAAUAAUAAUAACUUUAUUUAUAUAGCACUUUUAAAAACAGAAGUUUACAAAGUGCUUUGACAACAGUUGCAAAGCACAGAACAUCAGCACAUGUAAAUAAAAACAAAAGCUCAGUUAAAAACAAGGCCUCCGAAUUGAAGGCCAGUUUCAUUUUUCAUAAGAAACCCAAGCAAUACAAGAACCCUACAACAUAAAAUGAGACCAUGAGGACCAAAAUAAAAACAUAAAAUAGGUAAGAAGAAGAAAUGAAAUAGAAAAGGGGAGUAGAAAGCAGGAAACAGGAUAGUAAGUAUGAAAGAGGAUAUUAAUAAUGAUAAUAAAAUAAAAUGAUGGUAAAUGAUAAAAUGGAAUAAUAAAAAUGAGCUGGAAAAAACAAUAGUAAAGGACCUAAAAGGUAAAAUAAGAAAAGAUCAUAAGUAAAACAAAGGCCAAAAGGAUAGCGGUAAAACAGAAAAAAAGAUAAAAGACGGCAUCACAUAAAAGCAAGUCUGUAAAAGUGAGUUUUUAAAUUUGACUUCAAAGAAGCGACUGUCUCUGCGAGCCUGAUCUCCUCUGGCAGGUCGUUCCAAAGUCGAGGAGCUCUGAUGGAGAAAGCUCUAUCACCUUUUUAAGUCUUGUUUGUUGUGUUUCCCAGUGGUCAACUGGUCAGGAGGUGUCAACCGCUUGUCUACCAGACCACCGCACCAUGAAUCCCUGCCCUGUGUAUGAAAAAAACAGCAAAACACUGUUUUUGUUCUUCAUCUGUAUCUGGAGAAAUACCACAGAGGUACGGCAGAUCAUUACAGGUAAGAACAAGGCACGUCUUUGCUGUAUUAGCAGCAGCGAUGAUGGGCAAACCUGGACUCAGGCAAGAGACUUGACAGAAAGUGUCAUUGGAGAGACAAUCCAUAAGUGGGCCACCUUUGCUGUGGGGCCUGGUCACGGUGUACAACUGGAGAAUGGCAGAUUGAUCAUCCCGGCAUAUGCCUAUUAUGUCCCUUACAGAUGCUGUUCCUUCCCCAUUCCUUUCACGGUCUACCCCCGAGCUUUGUCUAUUUAUAGUGAGGACUUUGGACAGACAUGGCGCAUCGGAAAAAUGCUUCGGAAGAAGUCAUGUGAAUGUGAGAUGGCUGAAAUCAUAGACCAUGAGGGCCGGAGUCACCUGUACUGUAAUGCCCGCAACACUGGAGGGCACAGAUGUGAAGCGCUGAGUGAAAACAGCGGUGUGUAUUUUGACAAACCACACAUAUCUCCAGAGCUGGUCGAACCACCUUCAGGCUGUCAGGGCAGUGUCAUUGGCUUCCCCGCUCCUGAAUUCGUCCCAAACGAUGACACUGAAAGCAAAGCCUGCGGCACGUCCCUCUUGUCUCCAGACACACAAACCUGGCUUCUCUUUGUCCAUCCAACCAACAAGUCCAGCAGGAGGGACAUGGGUGUGUAUUUAAACCGAUCCCCCCUGCACUCAUCGGGUUGGGACCGACCCCGGAUCAUCCACAGAGGACCGAGCGGCUACUCUGACCUGGCCUACAACAGUGACAAAGAUCAGUUCUCGUGCCUGAUGGAGUGUGGGAAAGAAAGUGAACUUGAGCAGAUUGCGUUCAUGUCGUUUACCCUCAAUGAUGUCAUGCAGACAGGAAGUAAGAAAGAGAAGAAGAUGCGUUGAUUUGUGGUUGCUUCAUUCCUGUGUCAACAGAGGCCCUCCCCCCUGAAGAUCUCCUGCAACCUAAAAAUCCAAGCAGAAGCCACUAAAUAUGCUGUGCAGUAACAUCUGUCUGUGUUUACUGUUGUUCUACAUUCGGAGAUGAUAAUGCAUGCUUGAGUCGUGUGUUUUGUUGUCUCCUUGUUUACAUGAAAGGGUAAAUCAAGUCUUAAUAGUAUUAAUAUGCAAGAUGCUGUAAAAGGAAGGAAACUAUUUUAAUAGGUUAGGAGGCAGAUUUCAAGCAUGCUGUGCUGGACUGUCAUCUUUUUACCAGGCUUUGAGUGUGUGUGCGUGUGUAGCAUGUUUGACAAGCUCUUCAUACUCAUUUCUGCUCCUUUAUUAAACCGUCGGUGUUUUCUGAGCAGUGGAGAGAAUUUGCCUACCUCCUUUUUAUUUUCAUACAAAGAUCAUAGCAGGCCUUGUAACGUAGAGCAUAGAGUCGGCUCCAUGCUCGCUCUCUCCUUUACAUCUAGUAUAACUGAUUCACAUAUGCCUUUGACUCCACUGUUUAGACUCAAGCUGUGCCACAGACGUUUCUGUUUGUGCCAAAAAGUUGGCAGCAGACAGAAAUUAAAACAUUAAUUUGUACUCAUCACUUUAGCUAAUUGAUGAAGAGACCAACUAAACUGUACCACAUGUAUCAGUUUAAACAUAGUUUGGAGGGAUAUUCUUCUUCUCCUUCAAGCUAUGUCUGUUGAGAGCAUUUAGGCUACUCUGUACUGUACACUCGUUUUAAUACAUUCAUUUUUAAAAGCAAUAUUUGACUUGGUUACACGAUUUCCUUAUUUAUGUUCUGGUUUCCUCUUAAUUCAUCAUAAUUUUCCUAACAGGCUUUUUCCUUGACAUUUUCAGCGAAGCGCUCAUAUGACCAGGUGCGAUGGGCUGAUUUAAUGAAAGCAUGUAACAGCAUGUAAUUACAGAUGAAGAUAUACUAUUUAUAAAGCCACUAGAAAUUUGUACACACAAAGAGUGACUUAGAAAAUCUUUGCUUCAAAUUGUGAGGUUAGGGUGGUUGCAAACUGGUUUCAUUGUGUUUUUGUUGACUGUUGUGGAAAGUGACAAAACCUGCAUGAAACUUGUAUUUUAGUAGAAAAUAAAAGUAACCUGUGAUCACCUGA